UUCUAUGUGUGCGAGCCCACUCAUGGCAGCGGACUAUGACGGCUCGUAGAUUUGACAGCUAGCUCAAUGCGGGCUCAGACGUUCAUUAUACCGCGACCGAUGUAAUUUUCGUGAAAUAUCUGACGUUUGUAAUGUGCGAAAAAGACAAUAGUGUUGUGACGCGGACAGUUAAAGUGAUUAUUGAGUUACCGUGAACUGAACUGAAAAAUCGGAACUUGUCAAAUUGGAUUAUGACUGAUUUGUCGAUUGAUUUGUGACAUGAUAUGCCCCGUCUCAAGGAGCUUUUACGAUGCUCGUAAUUAGAUGCGGCUCGUUAGACACCGUUUUGGGGUUCCUCAAUAUGAAUAAAAAAUCGGUUGUGGUUUUGUGGCAUCAAAUACACGGAACGAAUACAAACUCGAUAGCAAACUAUAAAUAAAUUUAACAAGAGACCAAUCGUAAAUAAUUAUGACUAAACAGAGGUGAUAUAAGUAGAUACAUUUUAUAUAACGUGAAUUAAAGAGACUUAUUUACUUUGUGAUCAAGAUUAUAUGUAUAUUUUUAUACGAACAGUGCAUUUCAUUGGUGAUAAUAAGAUAAGGAUAAAGUGAUAUUUAAAAAUUUUUGUACAAAAUAUUUAACAAAUUAUUGGAUGUUGCACGUAGUACGAUACGUCGAGGAACCGAUGAGGAGACACCGUCCGUUACCACUGCGUGAGCCGCUAGUGAUACCAAUCGCUGUCGUGUAGUGAAUGGAAUCCGAAGUGUGUGUGUGGUGACAGAACAGUGAUAGUGUCGGCCCUAGAGGCCGAAAAUCUGCAACGGAAGAUACGGACGUGAGCCGCGCGGGCUGCGGGCCCGCGAUGAGCGCCAACAGCUGCGACAACAUGACAUACUUCUCCAACGGGUACAUGCCGGACAUGAGGAACGGCGGCGGACAUGACCACCAACAAGCGCACGCGCAUUACGGCGCGGUGCCUCAACAAGGGCACGAGAUGGACGGCUGUGACCAGCAGCUUAGGCCCGCACAACACCAUUACCCUGCACAACCGGCGCCUGGGAUGCCCUACCCGAGGUUUCCACCUUAUGACCGAUUGGGCUACUACCAACAGAUGGAACAGAACGGCUACCGGCCUGAUAGUCCAUCACAAAUGGGACACAUGGGUCCCAAGACAGACGGUUAUGGUCCGAACGGACACCAGCCCCCGGCGCCUGCGGUGUACACGUCGUGUAAGCUGCAGGCGGCCGCGGCGACCGCGGGCGGUGUUCCUGGGAGUCCUCCCUUGGAGCAAGCGCAGCAAAUACCCCACCAUAUGCACCCCCAGCAGCAUAUGGUCCAGCACGGCGUGCCUCCACACCAGCAGCACCUCAUGUACCCGGUCGAUGACAUGCAGCAUCAGACGCAGAUGCCGCCGAUGCAUCAGCAAUCGAUGCACGCGCAGCAGCCUCCCCCACAACAGCCGCCACCAAACACCAACGCGUCGCUACCAAGUCCACUGUACCCCUGGAUGCGGAGUCAAUUUGAGAGAAAGCGGGGACGGCAAACAUACACGCGGUACCAGACGCUGGAGUUAGAGAAAGAGUUCCACUUCAACCGGUACCUGACGCGGAGGAGAAGGAUCGAGAUCGCGCAUGCGCUCUGUCUCACCGAACGCCAGAUCAAAAUAUGGUUCCAAAAUCGGCGCAUGAAGUGGAAGAAGGAGAACAAGACCAAAGGCGAACCUGGGUCCGGAGACGAACCAGACAACAUGAGCCCGCCCACCUCGCCGCAGUAGACACCUCUAGUAUUGUACCAGGGGAUAUCCAUAUUGAGACAGAAGUUUCCGUGCCCAAAUAUAUUUCCGCGUCCGAUUCGAAGAACGAAUCCGAAAGUCUGGAUCCGCUGAUCGGUUACUAGGACAGUUUAAUUUGUAUAAAUUGUAUGUUGGACUUUUCAUGAUAAUAUUACAUUAUAACUAAUACGUAACCUAGUGAUUUCGAAUAAAGAGUAAUGAUAGUGUGACGAAGAGAUUUUUACAGUUGUUAAGUAUAAAUUAAUUUAUAGAAGAAUCUCAAUACCAAUAAUUACCAAAAACGCAGUAUAUAUGGUUAGUAAACUGCAUCAACACUUAUGUGAUUAUAUAGUUGAGUCAUGAUCAUUUUGGAAUAAAAAUCGAUCUUGAUUGGUCAGCAUUUAUAGAUUUCUUUUAAACAAAGUGCUAAAACCUCUUUUCAAAAAUUAUUUAAAAAAAUGAAAUUAGUUGUGGUGUUUAUCAUUUUGAUAUCCGUUCUGUAUUUCAAAGUAUCUUUUUAUCAUAAUUAAAUAUUUGGUUAAUUUGAAGCUAGCACUUUGUUUCCAAAUUUAAAAAACAUAUUUUUUUUAUCACAAAACCAUAAGGACCUCUUAUAAUUAACCAUUGAUAAGAAGGCAAUUAGUAUCCAUAUUGUUAUUAUUUAAUAUAUUUGAUGUUUUAUUUUUAAUUAAGCUAUCAAAUUACUAUUCUGUACAUAUACGAUAAUUUUUAGGACUUUAAUGUACAAUUGUUUUAGUGUGAAUAAUAUAAUUGAGAUUAAUUUGAGAAACAACGAUUAGUUCAUGUUUUGGUUUUGACAACAGUUUCUGCUGUAGAUCUUUACUGAGUUUUUACCUUAGAUUCAAUCAAAUAAUUUGUAGUUGGAGAGGCCAGUUCUACAAGUGCAAUGUAUAUGAUUUUUCGAUGACACAUAUACGUAAUUAAUAACUGAUAAUAAACGUCAUAGGAAAAUUAUAUUGUAAAAUGUUACGAGAAUGAAAGCUAUAAUUUAGAUGAAAAUAUCGAGAUUCUGAAUAUUCUUUGAUAAACUUCUAUUAAAUCAACAAAAUGAAUGUAGUGCCAUUCAAAUGAUAACAUAAAAGACAACUUGGACUUGAAACUUGAUUGUGAAAUCACUCGAUUGUGUAUAUAUGAAACAAUGGUUACCUUCAAUCAUGUAGGUGCAGAAGAACUUAAUAGAUAAUACUUUUUGUUUGAGUCUUACGGAAUGUAUGUGGUUAUAUGUACACAGUAUACCAAAGUUAGAAAAUAAAAACUGGUUGUUCAUUGUUUACAUAUAAUUGAAGCGAAGGUGCGACGAACACAAUCAUGUUACGUCAUCGAUCUUUUCAUAUAGUCUCGCCGAGACAUCGUUUUAAAACGUAUUUUUAUAAAAACAUUGCCUACGGAAUCCAAUAUACGUAAAUAAUAUCGAGUUGAAUUAUAUUUACUCGUAACACGGUAGUUUUACGGAUAUUUAAAAUAUAAAUUGGGAGGUUGAAAUUGUCAGGAUCCAGGUUAUACGUAUUUAUAAAUGAUUGUAAAUUAUUUUUCACAUAGAUUGUAACUAGUGAAUGUUUUUUAAACCCAGUGAGCCGGUUUCAGUUUAAUAUAAAUAUAUACUUUUUAUUUUGUGCUGUGUUCGAUAAGUCUGUAAAUUGUAAUAAUUGUAUAUUGUCGAUAUAUUCAAUAUUUAUUUAUUGAUUUGCUUAAUUAGGUUCGCUUAUAUUAUUUUCUAUAAUCGAGUUAUCUUUGCUCGAUCGCUGUCUGGCUGGGAUGCAUUUCUCUUAAUAUUAUUUAAAUUUGCUCAAGUCUCAUGUUUGUGUUGUAAAUUUAUUUCUAGCAAUAAGGAUUGUUUAAACUUUACGUAAUUAUAUAACUUUAAUUUGAAUUUAAUAGAACUAUUUUCUAUUUUUGUCAAUAUUGGUCGUAACAUUAUUUAUUACAGUUUGUUUUUAAAUUAAAAAUUUUGUCCCUUGCCAGAUAGAAAUCUUGAUUUUAACUUGUAAAUUAAAAUUUAAUUUCGAUUGUUAGUAUAGUACACUGACAAUUAUCCUCAAAUCGGAAUUUAGGUCUGUAGAAUGGGAACCUAAUUUAAUUGAUUUUUUUGUCCUAUCGAUUCAAAAUUUAUGAAAUAUAACUAUAAUUAGUAACUUAAUAAGGUUAGGCGAGACGAUAUUGUCAUAAAUAUAUAAAUACAUGAAAUUAA